AUGGAGAACAGCAAGCAGCCAGUGAAAGAGGUGCUCCCCCUGCCUCGCAACCCUUCACCACUUCCUGUGACCUCUUCCUCUGUGACCCCUGCCGCCCCUUCAAAGAAAUACCAAUCAGGCACCAUGCAGAAUGUGCAGUUGGCCUCCUCAGUGGUGACAUCGUUCAGCUACCUGAAGCCUCCAGACAGGGAUCUCCCCCUGUUGUCCCACAUGAAGUCCAUUAAGUCUCUGAAGAAUGCGGCCAUCUUUACUGGACAAACGAUGGUUGUGCAGCAAUUUAAUAGUCAUGAACUGUUGGAGGAGGUACCGAACACUGAUGUGAUCCUGGCUGACAUCGACUCCCUGGUGCCGACUCACGAUGAAGCCGGCCGGCCCAUCACAGAGUGGAAGCGACAGGUGAUGGUGCGGCAGCUGCAGGUCAGGCUACAGGAUGAGGAGGAACAGAGGAGACAGGACAUGACUAAUGGCUACACACCAGUGGAUGGCUGGAAGUACUCCCAAACCCACAACGCUGUAUUGGGGCCCUUUGGAGAGCUCCUAACAGAGGAUGACCUGGUGUACCUGCAGCAGCAAAUUGAGACUGUUUCUCUACAGAAGCGCUGCCAGGCCUACGAGCUGGAGCUGACUAGGCUCACCGAGGAGCUGCGGUCCAUUUUACCUGAUCCCAUUGUGAACAUCUCCCUCAACAAAGAGGUCCUACAAAACAUGGACGCUGAGGGGAAAAUGCACCCAACUUUGCCACUGUGGUGUAGUCGCGUCUCAGAUAUUGUUAAGAGUAUGUCGCUGCUGGUGGCUAAUCUGACGCAAACCACAGAAGAAGGGGGGUUUGCAGGGAUUCCUCACAUAGGGAUGGCGUCCGCUUUCAGCCAUAGACUUGAGACCAACAGCUACAGCCGAGCCCGAAGGGAGCGAGUGGAGCGGGAGAUCCAACAGUCCGGGGUGUCGGUCAGAAACCUCAGGUCCAACUUUGAGGGUCAGAUUGGCAGCAUUUAUCCCUUUGCUGGGGUUAUGAAAGGAGGACAGGUAAUGUUUGGAGCUUCAGCAGUAAACAACCUGAAUAAUCACUGCGAUCCUCUCAAAACACUUAAACCUGUGAUGGAGACUACCAGCUUAAGGAAAGAGCGUAUUGUGGUGCUGUUCCUUAGCCACUGGAAGAAAUCUGCAUAUGCUAUUUCAGUGAGAGCUGCGAGGCAGAGCCAGGGACAGGAAGCACUGCCUGGGAGAGUGACAGCAGCAUUGCCCAAACAGAAAAUCACCUCCAUGUUUCAAUACUGCCAACAACGACGUGCUGUAGACAAGGUGCUUAUCUGCUGGAGAAAUAAACUAGGAUUCAAAGAAACGAAAAAGUCCUGCUUGUCCUCCUCAAACUCCUCUCGAGUAAUAUUCUCACCAGAGCAAUUCCUGCCAGAUAUGGAUGAUGUUGCAGUGACCCAUGACAGCUUGACCCUUGAUCUCUUCAUGGUGGGAUACUUCCACAUCCUAGAGCAAGAGCUGCUGCCCGAGGAGAGGAAGAUGAGGCAUCUACUCUGCUUCGAAGUCUUUGACCAUGUCGGCAGUUUCUCCUGGGAGAAGGUGAGGGACUUCCACAAGGCCGUUCUUCAGGAAAUCCAGGCAGGGAGUCGACAGUGGAGCGACGGCUUCGAAGACAUCAAAGUUCGCUUCUUUGGGGACUCAAGACCGUGCCACUGUCCAUCAUCCUCCAUAUUGGCAGAUUCCAGACUAGUACCCAAAGUUGUGAUUCAAACUGUGGCUGCAGAUGAGUGCGGCAGGGACUCUAACUUCUCUUGUUUCAACAACGAAGACAUUUGUAAAUAUAUUGACCGUAGCUUUGCUUUCUGGAAGGAGAAGGAGGCAGAGCUGUUUGAAUUUGCACAUUAG